AUGGCUCUGCUGAAGGUUCUGCUGCUGCUGGGGUUGGGUAUUUCAGUGAACUCAGAUGUUUCUUUGCAGAAGAGAAUCAUUGGAGGUCAAAACUGCCAUGACACGGAGCGUCUUUAUCAUGUUCGGCUGGAGAUCAGCAAUGGUACUCAUAUCACCCCCUGUGGUGGAUCUCUGAUCCACCCUGAGUGGAUCCUGACUGUAGUUCGCUGCUGGAAGUCGGAGCCAGGAUGGACUAGCAGAGCAAUAUUAAAAGUUCAUCCACAGACUGUUAUACAUUACAUUCAGUCAAUCCAACAAGCUCCUGUGAUUUACGGCCCAGACCAUGACAUCAUGUUACUGAAGCUUCAGAGACCAGUAACAGAUGUCCCAUUUGCUCGGCUACCAGACUGCAGGCGUCGUCUUCAAGUAGGCAGUGUUGUUCAACUGGCAGGAGAGGGAGCAACAACAGCCGGCCCCAACAAUGAGCGAUUGAGAGUUUCUGCUAUUCCAGCACCUCUUCAAUGUGUCGACAUGAGAGUUUUUCGUAUUACCGUCAUCAUGCCGGCAUAUGGGCAUGUAUUCUAUGCUGAAGCACCAAACAGGGAUGUCUGCUAUGGCGAUGUUGGUGGAGCAGCGAUACACAACAACAUGAUUUAUGGUGUGAUUGCUUUUAGUGGAGCAAAUGCAUGUCAGAGACCAGCUGCAAUCUUGGAUGUGUGUAAAUACAAGAACUGGAUUAGAACUACACUUCGGAUCCACUAAAACAGAAACAAUUAUGAAAUAAAAUUCUCAUCAAAUUUCCUCUCACAAAUUUUAUAAUUGUAUCUUCAUCAGUUUGAUCC